GAGCUUGAGACAGUUUAGAGCACACAGUGCGAGCAACCAGAGCAGGAACAAAAGGACACAGAAAGUACAGACCUGAAGCAACCAUCAGCAUUCAACAGAGAUGACGUCACUGUGUAGGAACCUAGCUACACUUCUCCUUUUCAUCUCGCCUCUAAUGCUCUCCCACCUCUUCACCCACGCUGCCUCUACUUCCCCACCAAUCACUCGUCCAAGGAUCAUAUUCAUGACUGGCUUGGACUUAGGUGAUGACUAUGGUGAUGACUAUGCUGACAGCCACAGCUCUCCUCCGAAAAUACUGGCCUCCAUGAGGACUCCCCUUCUCCACCAGGGACCUUCGCUCUGUCAGUACGACCCCUGCUUGGAGGAUCAGGAGCCUUGUGCCCGUCUCACCGCGCUGACCGGAUGCCGCUGUCCUGGGAUGAGUGGAGCUGAUGAGCCUCCUCACCCACCACGUAUCGCAGCACUGCUGCCGGUCAGUGACGGGAAAGACAGAGGGAAGAUAGAGGUGCAGUGGUGCGCUCCAUCUUCAGUGGUGUCUGCUUACAGAGUGGUGGUUGAGGGAAGUGACAGUGGCUUUCUGGAGUAUGGGAAUGCUUUGCGGCGAGGUGUGGUGGGCUCUUUGGAGGUGGGGACCAAGGUGUGUGUGGAGGCAGUGAACAGUGCAGGACAAAGCGCCACCUCAGAGUUCUCGUGCAAGCGGUAUGAAGCACCUGAAUCUUCAGAUGACAAACUGUUGGCCUGGAUCAUAGGAGGAGGAGUCGCCCUCCUUCUACUCAUUGUCAUAACAGCUGUGAUCCUCUGGAAAUGUCAAAUAUGUCGAAAGGCCAAGAGGGACUCUGCUGAUGGACUAGGGAACCCUUCUUACAGCACAGAGGGAACGCUGUGAUCCACAAUCCAUCCCAGUCACACUGAACAACCUCCGUGACACAUGGAGCACAGCAAAAGUGUAAUAAUGAACAAAGGCCUAAAAGUUCUCGAGCGGUAUUGUCAUUGAUUAUAGAAUUAAGAAGAUGCUUGAACUCCUCUUUCAAGGAAUCUGUAAAAAUAACGGUACAAAGGGCAGUGCUGCUCAUGGAACAGCACUAACAAAUGAUUAAUUAUGUUGUUUGGCAUUAGAACUACAGGUCUAUUUGCUGGCAAAUAAAACUCUGUAGAUUUAUUGAAGCGUUGUUUUUUUUUUCUAUCAUGACUGAUUUAAAUUGUAUAUAUUAAUUUUUAGGAUAUAGCGACUGACUUAAAUAUUUUGUAUUAAAAUUAUUUUAAUAAAAACUGUGUAAAUGUC